GCAGAAGGCUUGUCCAGAUUUUCAACUGUCAUCUGGCUUGGAUAAUUGUCCAGGAAAUGCUUCAACACCAGCUAAUGAAAAUCCAGCAAGUAAUGCUGUUGGUCAGCCAGAAGAAAAAAACACAGUGGAUAGCGAGCUUUGGACUGAGAUGCGUAGGCAUGAGAUUAUAAGAGAGGAAUUACGACAAAGAAGAAAGCAACUCGAAGCUUUAAUGGCUGAGCACCAGAGGAGACAAGAUCUAGCCGAUACCACAUCUGCUGGUGCUGGUUCUGUGAAAAGUGAUGGAUCAGAAACUCAGUGCACUCCCCAACAAAGCAGAACAGAAAAAACAAUGGCAACGUGGGGAGGGUCUACUCAAUGUGCUCUUGAUGAAGAUGAGGGUGAGGAAGAUGCAUAUCUUUCUGAUGGACUUGCUCAAGCAGAAGAGGAAGAAGAGGAAGAACAAGAUUCUAGUUCCAAUGAGUUGUCCAUGUGUCCCAAUAAUGUAGAUCAAAGUGCAUAUUGUGCAAAGGAAGAAAAGCAGAGCUGGAAGAGUCCUCGUCCUCUUUCAGCAGAUGGAAACUACCGUCCUUUAGCUAAAGCAAGGCAGCAACAGAACAUCAGCAUGCGGCGGCAAGAAAAUCAUCGGUGGAUGUCUGAACUUUCGUAUGUGGAAGAGAAAGAACAAUGGCAAGAGCAGAUUAAUCAGCUGAAAAAACAGCUUGAAUUCAGUGCCAACAUUUGCCAGACAUUAAUGCAGGAUCAACAGACUCUUUCCUGCCUAUUGCAAACCCUGCUUACUGGUCCAUACAGUGUGAUGCCUAGUAAUGUUGCUUCACCACAAGUACAUCUUAUAAUGCAUCAGUUAAAUCAAUGCUAUACGCAACUGACCUGGCAACAAAAUAAUGUUCAAAGGUUGAAGCAAAUGUUAAAUGAUUUAAUGCAGCAGCAAGAGCAGCAACAGCAAGCAAGAACAGCCAAAAAGGAAAAAAACAGCAGGGCACCCCCACCCUCAUCACCAACUAUGUUUUGUCCCUUCAGUUUUCCUUCCCAGACAAUGAACUUAUUCAGCAUGCCUGGAUUCACAAAUUUCUCAUCUUUUCCAUCAGGCAUCAACUUCAGCCCAAUGUUUCCAUCUGGUUUGGGGGAAUUCCCCCAAAACUGUAAUGUUCAGAACAAUGAGCAGCAGCCACCCUUAGAACAUAACACUACUGGGAAAACUGACAACAUGGCAUUUCCAAAACCAUUUGAAAGUAGUUCUACUUCUGGAGCAGAGAAACCAAGAGGUCAGAGGCAGCCUGAAGAGGAGCUGGAGAAUAGAUCAGCUUUGUUAAAUGAACAUCAGAGAGGAGGGAAAGAGAAACAGUUGUUCCUCAAGACUGGAUUCACAGUACCAGUACAAAAUAAAGCAUGCGGUAUUCACAAAAACCAUCUUGAUACCAGCAGAAGAAGAGAAUUUGACGAAGAAUCUCUAGAGAGCUAUAGUAGCAUGCCAGAUCCAGUUGAUCCAACUACUGUGACUAAAACAUUUAAACCCAGAAAAGCAUCUGCACAGGCUAGUCUGGCUUCCAAAGACAAAACACCGAAGUCCAAGAACAAGAGGAGUUCUUCUCAGUUGAAAAACCGGGCUAGAACAAAUGGAUUUGAAAGUGCCAGUGUUUCUAGUACAUGUGAGCCUUACAAGAGUAAUAGGAGCAGACACUCAACGCGGAAAGAAGAAAUUGUUCAAGCAAAAGUGUUCAGUAAAAAGAAUCGGGAACAGCUUGAAAAAAUAAUUAAAUACAGUAGAUCAUCAGAAAUGUCUUCAGCACAUGCUAGGAGAAUACUGCAGCAGUCUAACAGAAAUGCAUGCAUAGAACCACCAGAAACAGGCAGCGACCUUUCUAUGUUUGAGGCUUUGCGAGACACCAUUUAUUCUGAAGUCGCUACUUUGAUAUCACAAAAUGAAUCUCGUCCUCAUUUUCUAAUUGAGCUUUUUCAUGAGCUACAGAUGUUAAAUACAGACUAUUUGAGACAAAGAGCAUUAUAUGCUUUACAGGAUAUAGUGACCAGGCAUGCCUCAGAAGACAAUAAAAAAGAAGAAUGUCCAAAACCACUGAGCUCAGCAGCGUGGGUAGGAUCCAAUUCAGAACUUACUCCCAGUGAAAGCCUUGCAACUACAGAUGAUGAGACGUUCGAGAAGAAUUUUGACGAAGGAGCCUGUAGACAGUGUGAUAAAAAUGAUACAGAGAAUGGCAGUAUUAUUUCUACAUCUUCAAAUUUUGAACCUUUUGCUAAAGAUGAUCUCGGCAACACUGUGAUUCACUUAGAUCAGGUUCUGGCUCGGAUGAGAGAGUAUGAACGGAUGAAAAUGACAACUGAAAGCAACCUUGAUUCUGAAGAUGGAUGUUGUGGUAAUGUCCAGAGUGUUUCUUCUUCUAAGUUGGAAGGUUCAAAUGCAGUUGAAAGUCCAGCACAGCCUGCUGAAGUACCUGAUGUUCCUUGUCCUCGGAUAGAUACUCAGCAGCUUGACAGGCAGAUUAAAGCUAUAAUGAAAGAGGUUAUCCCAUUCCUGAAGGAGCACAUGGAUGAGGUAUGUUCUACUCAGCUCUUGACUUCAGUAAGACGUAUGGUGUUAACCCUUACUCAGCAAAAUGAUGAAAGCAAAGAAUUUGUGAAGAUAUUUCAUAAGCAACUUGGUAGCAUAUUGCAGGAUUCACUGGCAAAAUUUGCUGGUAAGAAACUAAAGGACUGUGGAGAGGACCUUCUUGUAGAGAUUUCUGAAGUCUUAUUCAAUGAACUAGCCUUCUUCAAACUCAUGCAAGAUCUGGAUAACAAUAGCCUUACUGUAAAGCAAAGAUGUAAAAGGAAAAUUGAAGCAGAUGGAACAAUGCAAUCUUAUGCCAAGGAGUCUAAAAGAGCACUGGAAGGAGGAGCUUGUUCAUCUAUGGAAGAUAUUGAUGAAGAUAAAGACAAAGAUGAAACUGAAACUAUUAAGCAAGCUCAUGAAUCAGCAAUAUUCAAUAAUAGAGGAGUGCCAAGAAGUAUAAGAUCAGAUGCUUCAGACCAGGAAGAAGAAGAUAAUGAAAGUUGUCCAGUGUCCAUAAGCUUGUCUAAAGCAGAAACCCAGGCUCUUACUAAUUAUGGAAGUGGAGAAGAUGAAAAUGAAGAUGAAGAAAUAGAUGAAUUUGAAGAAGGGCCUGUAGAUGUCCAGACUUCCCUCCAAGCAAACAAUGAAACUACAGCUGAAAAUGAACAGGAGCAGGUUUCAGAAUCCAAAUCUGAAAAUUCAAAUUAUUGCCAGAUUGUACCUUCUGAGCAAGAAACUGUGGCUAAAGCUGUUAAUAGUUCUGAGGAUCUUAAUCCAAGCACUAUAUUAACGGAAGAACAAGACUCAUCGUUAGCAGAAAAUGAAAGUCAUAUGUUAGGCACUGUCUCUGGAGAAACCAAAUCUUCAUCAGGAACUCCUGAAAGCUCUGUGGUUGGCAGUCCUGAUACAGAGUCUCCUGUACUGGUGAAUGAAUAUGUACGUAUUGCUACAGAUGAGGAAACAGGUUCUGGAAACAUCAGUCAGAAAUCUGAUGAAGAUGACUUUGUGAAAGUUGAAGAUGUGCCUCUUAAACUUGCAGUCUAUUCUGAGGAAGAUCUCAUGAAAAAAAUGGUGGCAGAGGCUCAGACCAACAAUAUCACUUCAGAAAUACUAGUCGGUGCAGCAAGUCAUGAUGAAGAAUUAGCAGGAGAUCCUCAAAUCCUGAAAGAACCUGAAACUGUUGGAGCCCAAAGUGCAUGAAAAAUAAUUUCAAGAGCAACUUCUUGCCCUAAUUAAAUUACAAAUGCAUAUAGUAAUUUGCAACUAAACUUCAUGUGUUGUAAUCUGUAUAAAAAUGUAAAUUAGUUUUUCAUACACUGCCUUUUAGAAUAGGCACACUAACUUUGGCCCAUAAAACUCUUUAAACGGCUAAAACUGAGCUUUCAGUCUGGCUGCACAGUUCUUUGGUGUCUUGUCUUUUUUAUUUGAUUGUGACUUUAGCAAUUUUAAAAUGUAGUUUUAAAUAAAAGUUGACUUGUA